AUUCGACAAACGUCAACAUAACAAAGUUUUAGUGGAUAAGAUCCUUAGAUUAGUCCAGAUUAGUCUAAGAUAAGAUCCGUGUUUUGAGUGUAAAUAUGUAUAAUGUUUUAGUGUAAAAAUAUUUAUUUGAAAAAUAUAUAUUAUAACAGGUAGUCAAUGUUACAAUUAAUGUUGUACAAAUCGAAUUUAAAGUGCCGUAAAUCAGAUAUUAGAUUGGUGAUUAUAAACAAUAUGGAAGUAUUUGUUUAAUUCCAAGAAUUGAAUUUUAAUGUAUUUAUAGAUUGUUAAUAUAUACCAGAAUUAAAAUGGCAUUAUCGAUAUUUCUGUUUACAUUAUUUGUCGCCGUUCAAGAAGUAAUCUCCACUAGUCAAUGUGACAAUAAUAAUUCAACACAAUGCUUAUGUUUGUACGCCGAAGAUUACGAAUAUCAAUGCCCCCGAUCAUAUACCAAUAUUCUAAUUCGCGCCAUGCCCGAAAAUUAUUUAAACAUAGAUUGUUACGAUAUGGAAACGUUCGAUAUAAAUCUUCUACCAAAUUAUACGAGUGGACAUACCAAUUCCCUGACGAUACGAUAUUGCCCUUUACCCCAGGAUAAUUUUCUACCGAUGCUCGACAGAUUUGACGUAAAAAACGUGGCGCAAUUCAAAUUGGACAACAAUACUUCAACCGAAGACAGUAUAACCAAAAAAAUAUUCUACGGACUAGAAGAUUUGAGCAUUUUAACCCUAUUUCACAUGGGGAUUAAAUUAGAGGAUGAUAUACUUGAAUAUCUCCCUAAAUUAUCACAAUUAUAUAUGGAAAAUAGCGAAAUUACAGAUUUGGAUAGCUUCAAAUUCCCAACGGGUUUGAAAGUGUUACAUAUAACAGGAAAUUUACUCAAUGAAGUACCACAAGGAGUAUUUCAGAAUCUAACCGAGUUAAAACAACUACAUCUGUGGAAUAACAGGAUAACUAGGAUAAGAGGGAAGGAUUUUACCGGAUUAAAACGUUUGAAAUCCUUAGAAUUGAGUAUGAAUCGUAUAAGUACCAUAGAAGAAGAUAGUUUUGCGGAACUUAUUGAAUUGAAAACAAUAAAUUUGAGAGCUAACGAUAUAAGACGUGUCAAUAAGACUUUAUUCGAAAACAACAAGAAUCUAACUAGUAUCAGGAUGGAGGAUAACCCAAAUUUGAUAUUACCCGAAGGAUUAUUUUCCAAUUUAGAAAAUUUAACGAAUGUUAAUAUAAAAAAUUCCGGUAUCGAAAACAUACCUGGGAACAUUUUUGAAAAUUCCACCAAGAUAAUUUACUUAUAUAUGCAGAAGAAUCGAUUCGAAACGAUUCCAAAAAAUCUAUUUUGGAAAUUGAGCCAAUUAAAAAAAUUAGAUUUGAGCCACAAUAAAUUAAACACUUUAGAUGAUGAUAUUUUUAACGAUUUAUCAAAUUUGGAAUACCUAAAUUUAGAUUACAACAACAUAUCUUAUAUAUCGGAAGAUUUGUUUAGAAAUACGAGAAAUUUGGCAACGCUCAGUAUGAAAUAUAAUAAAAUAUCUGAUAUCCAUAUCGAGGCUUUUUUGUGGUUAAAAAAUUUGAUACAACUCGAUCUCUCUAACAACGUUUACGAGGCUAAUUAUAUAGAUGGGGCUAGUCCGUUCGCCAGAUGCGACGCUGUCAAAUCUCUAAGUUUGUCACAUAAUCUCAUUACGAAAUUUCCUAGUGUUCUCGUCGGUAUGCGGAAUGUCGAAGAGAUUCGUUUGAAUUACAACAAAAUACUAACCAUUCAGGUUAUUGAAGUCACUUCGGCGUUAUCUUCGAAAUUGAGGGUAGUCGAUUUGAGUAACAACGAAAUUGGGGAUGUGGACUUCGAGGGUGUGGAAUAUCAAAGUGAACUUAAUAUGAGGCAGUUGGAUGCUUAUCAUAACGACGAAAGGCAGUUGAUUUUGUAUUUGAGUGGCAAUCCGUUGAAAUGCGAUUGCGGAAAUUAUGAUUUGGUUCGUUAUAUCAAGAACGACAUGACGCCAGCGGUAAAAGCGAAAAUAGACAUCAACGUCGAUAAUACCGAAUGCGUCGAACCGUAUACAUACAGGGGCUACCAAAUUACCGAUCUAAAACCCAACGACAUCACCUGUCAAGGUAUCGUACAAUGUCCCAAGGAAUGUCAAUGUUUUUGGAGACCCUACACCGAUUACAUCGAAAUCGAUUGUACUAACAGGAAUUUAACGCAAUUCCCCAACUUACAAAUACCGAAAAAACAAAUUUCCAUCAAUCUAGACGGGAAUUAUAUACAAGGUGGUCUUCGUCCCGGUUUAGGUUACGAAAACGUCAAAAUUUUAAUUUUGUCCAAUAAUAGAGUUCGCGGCUUGAACUGGAUCCCACAGGGUAUCGAGAUUUUGAAGUUGAACGGAAACGAAUUAACGAAUAUUAGUUCAGAGCUAUUGGAAAUGAUGAAUAGUAGAAUGAAUUUAACGUUAAUACAAUUGUCGGAUAAUCCUUGGGAUUGCGGAUGUGAAGCCAUCGAUCUGCAAACCUUCAUGAAGGAUCAUUAUAGAAAAGUGAACCCGAACGACGUCAUUUGCAAAGAAGACAGUAAAUUACUGAUCGAAAAGACAGAUCUAUGCAGUAAAUCGACUAAAUUCAUAUUAAUGACCGUUUUACCAAUACUGACAUUCCUGCUACUGACAACUAUAACUUUAAUAUUUUACAUACAGUACAGACAAGAAGUGAAAAUAUGGUUAUUUUCGAAAAAUUUAUGUUUAUGGUUCGUAACCGAAGAGGAAAUCGACGAAGACAAAAUCUACGACGUAUUCAUCAGUUAUUCUAACAAAGAUCAAGAAUUCGUCAUGCAAAAUCUACUUCCGGUUCUCGAAUCCGGUCCGAGACCGUUCAAAACCUGCAUCCACGAUAGAGAUUGGGAACCCGGUGAGAUGAUAUUGACCCAUAUAGCGAAUUCCGUUCGAAAUUCCCGAAGAACCCUCGUAGUAUUAUCGAAUAAUUUCCUGGAUAGCGUUUGGGGUAUACACGAAUUCAAAACGGCGCAUACCCAAGCCGUCAAAGAGGGUAGAGCUCGCGUGGUGGUGAUUAAAUACAGCGAAUUGGACGAGGGUAGAUUGGACGAGGAUAUAAGGGCGUAUUUGAAUACGAAUACUUACGUGGAAUGGGGUAAACCGUGGUUUUGGAAUAAGCUCAAAUACGCUUUACCCCAUUUGAGGACUAGGGGGUUUUACGAAUCGAAUCAAAGGCGGGUUAAUAUGAUGUUGAAGAUCGAUGGGAAAUUCGAUUCGGCGGAAAGUCCCCCGCCGGUUAUUUUGAGUCCUGCUCUGUUGGAUGAUAGGGUUUCCAAGUAUGGGGAUGUGGGAAUUUCGUGUCCCGAAACGCCUUUGGUUCGGAAAACGUGAAUUGCGUCUUCUUUUUUUUUGAGUUUAAAUGGUGGACAUGUUCGGGGGAUUAUUCGUAUGGAAAUUUUGAGGUUUGGUAUUUGGAUUUGUGAAGCCGGAUCUGUCUUAAUGGUCGAUCGAAUACUUGGGAUUUUCGAAUUUUUCGCAAAUUUGAUUUUUUCAUGGUUUUUCAGGAUGUUUUUAUUGGAUUUUCUUAGUAGUUUUUCGAAUUUUUCAUUUUUCGACAAUUUUUGAAAACAUUUUGUAAUUUUUUUUAGUUUCUCAGUUUUUUUACCGAAUAUUUAUUAAAAUUUUAUUUGUGUUAUUCAGUUUUUCGAAAAUUAUUCACACUUUUUUCAAUUCCUUGAAUUUUCCCAAAUUUCCACCGAAAAUAUCAAUAUUAUUCCUGUUUUUCCAAAUUUUCAAGAAUCAAUUUCUCGGUUUUUUCAAAUUCCCACCGAAUGUUUUCCAUUUUUCGAAGUUUUAUCAAAAAUUUUUGCCCUUUUCAGAUUUUCACCGAAAGUUUUCAAUUUUUUCUUCGCUUUUUCCAAUUUUUCGUUUAUCAAUUUUUCGAAAAUUUUUCCAAUUUCUCGAUUUUUUUCGAAGUGCCAACCAAAGUUUUCGCUUUCUUUUGCAUUUUUUCAAAUUUGUUUCCAACUUCUUCGAGUUUUUCCAAAUUUUCAAAAUUUUUGUCCCAUAACUCUUUUUAAACUUUCCAGAAAUGUUUUCCAAUUUCUCGGUUUUUUUAGUUUCACCGAAAAUUUCCCCCACUUUUUCAAAAUUUUCCCCAAUUUUUUGUAUUUUCGAAUUUUCAAGGUUUCUGUCCCCGUGACUUUUUCGAAAAUUUCUCCCAAUUUCUCGAAUUUUCAAAAUGUAUCCCACAUUUUCGAGUUUUUUCCAGUUUCCAAAUUUUUGUCCCCUCGUCCUUUUUUGCCCUCACAUUCUUUCCGUUUUAUCCAGUUUCUCAAUUUUUUUUAUAUUUUCUAGUUGUCGUUCAAAAAUUGAUUGAUAUUUCGUACCUCAUCUGAUUUUCUUCAUUUUUCUUCAAAAUUAAUGAGAAUUAAAAAAAAAUUAACUUCCCUCCCUCGUAAUUUUUUUCAAUUUCUUCAAUUUUCCUCUAUCUUUUUAAAAUUUCUCACAUCUUUAAUGUUUUUGUUCUACAGAUUUAAAUUUCCUUGUAUUUCAAUUUUUCGUGUUUAAAAAUUUUCUAUAUUUAUUUAGAUUUCUCAAAUAUUUUUAGUUUUUUGAUCCUCUUUUUAAAUUUUCAUCGUUCAAGUUCUCAAAAUUUUCAUAGAAUCUUCAAUUUUUUUCCGAGCCUCUCGCACCUUUUUCGAAUUUUUUCCUCUAAUUCAGUAUUUAACACGCCAAUGGCGUUUUUUUUUAUUUUUUAUU